GACCAAGAGGUGUUGGUGAACUGGCUGAAUAGCUUUCAUAUGUUGGACCUCGCUCAACUCUUCAUAGACGCCGGUUACGACAUGGCUACUAUUACUAAGAUGACUCCUGAGGACUUAAACGCAAUUGGUAUUACGAAACCAGCGGUAAGGAAGAAAGUGAAAGUGGAGAUAAAUAAGUUGAAAGUACCUGACGGGGUACCGAACUUUAUACCGGGAAGCGUUUAUGAUUGGCUGACCAUUUUAAAUCUCUGCCAAUACGAAGAGACCUUAUUAGGUCAAGGUUACAAAGACAUCAACAGCGUUAUGCAGAUUACCUGGGAAGAUCUUGAGGACAUUGGUGUCAAGAAAUUAGGCCACCAGAAAAAGUUAAUGUUAGCAAUCAACCGCUUGAAAAAACUU